AUGCCUUAUGCUAAUUUCAACUGUAAUGGUAAAAUUUGGUUUUUUGUUCAACAUAAUGUAGAGGUUGAGUUACUUUUGGAUACUGAACAAUCCAUUACUGUAAAGCUGAAGUUUCAAGAAUGGAAUAGAGAUAUGGUGGUUACAAUGGUCUAUGCUAAAUGUUCAAAAGUGGAGAGAUUGCAGUUAUGGGAUAGUUUAUACUUCUUGUCUGGUAACAUGACAUCUCCUUGGCUGAUUGGUGGAGAUUUCAAUGUUAUACUGAAUGAAGAAGAGAAAAUAGGAGGUUUACCAGUUUUUCCACAAGAAUAUGAAGAUUUUACCUUUUGUCUGAAUUCUUGUGAGCUGCAUGAGAUGCCUUUCAAAGGGAGUCCUUUCACUUGGUGGAAUGGUAGGGCUUCUAAUGACUGUAUUUUUAAGAGGUUGGAUAGAGUUGUGCAUAAUGAUACAUUCCAGAGUUGGUUUGGACAGCUUGAAAUGGAACAUUUGUCAAGGACUGGUUCUGAUCAUACACCAUUACUUAUAUCUUGUGAAGAACAAGUGGAGAAUUUUAUCAAACCAUUUAGAUUUCUCAAAUUCUGGGUGGAGCAUGAUACUUUUCUUGAUUUUAUUAGGCAGCAAUGGGAAGCAGACUUAUCUGAUGAUGUUUUUCUUUCCUUUAAACUCAAGAUGAAGAAACUGAAAGUUGCUUUAAGUACAUGGAGUAAGGCUACUUUUGGGGACAUUUUUAAACAACUAGUCAUCAGAGAGAAUAUAGUUAAGAUUAAAGAGCACUUGUUUGAGGAGAACCCAUUUGAAGAAAAUAGAAUGGUCAUGCAAAGGGCCCAAGCUCUAGUAAAAGGGAGAAGGAAAAGAAUCCAGAUUAAGAGGAUUCAGGAUGCUUCUGGAAAUUGGCUAGAGGAUGCUGAUAGAGUUGCUGGUGAAGCUGUUAAUUUCUUUCAUAAGCAAUUUACUCAUGAGGAGGUUAGUGAAGACUCUCCAAUUCUUAAUCGUAUUCCUGAACUGAUUAGAGAUGAGGAUAAUAUGCUACUUGCUGAACAACCUACUAUGGAGAAAGUACAGAAGGCAGUGUUUGAAUUAAAUGGGGAUAGUACUUGUGGCCCUGAUGGCUUUUCUGGGAUCUUUUAUCAGAAGUGUUGGGAGGUGAUCAAGGCUGAUGUAUUUAGUGUUGUUAAAGCUUUCUUUGAAGGACAGACUCUUCCCAAGUCAAUCACUCACACUAAUCUAGUUUUGUUGCCAAAGAAGAAUGUUGUUGAAUCUUUCUCUGAUAUGAGACCUAUAAGUCUUAGCAACUUUAUCAAUAAGGUCAUAUCAAGAGUAGUUCAUGACAGAUUGGACAAGCUACCUACAAGGGUGAUAUCUCCAAAUCAAUCAGGCUUUGUCAAGGGCAGGAAUAUAAUUGAGAAUGUAUUGUUGACACAAGAAAUUGUAACUGAUAUAAGGAAAAGAGGAAAACCAGCAAAUGUUAUAAUUAAGUUGGAUAUGACAAAAGCAUAUGACAGGGUCUCAUGGUUAUAUCUAUGUAAGGUGAUGAAGAAGAUGGGAUUUUCUGGAGCUUUCAUUGAUCUUAUAUGGAGGCUGUUGGCAAAUAAUUAG